UAAAUGUGAAAAGUAAAUACAAAAUAACGCUUCACGCUAUCAAAAUUGAUCAUUUUCUUAAAUAUCAACAACUAAACAAUAUUUCAACUAAAACACAUAAUGUAAACAAGAGUUUGGCCGAUGAGUUAACCAAAAAAAAUUCGGAAUUAUCAUCGAAAAAUGUGGCACACGGGUAUUGUUAGCAAAUGUAUCAUUCGUAUUCCAACAGCAACCGCAUCAUUCGUAUUCGCAUAGAAACUGCAUCAUUCGUAUUCGCAUAGAAACCGCAUCAUACGUAUUCGAAUAGCAACCGCAUCAUUCGUACUCGAGUAAACCGCAUCAUACGACAGAUGCGAGUAACGAACAGAUGCGAGUAACGAAAUGAAUUUGUGAGUUCCGAAUCGGUACUUCGAGUCAACCGAUGUACCCGUUACUCAGUAACGAAUACAUGCGAUUUGCUCCAGCUCUGCUAAUUAAAGACAUGCUUAUUUAGUAUAGAAACACCUGUGAAUUUUUGUUUUAUCUUUUGUUGUAGGUAUGUGAAUUGAACUUGUAGAAAUGAAUGUGUAUUUGUUAAUUUGUAAUAUUCUGUUCUGAAGAUAGUGGAUGUCGAAUCAAUUGAAAUAAUAAUGAAUUUAUUUUUGAAGACAAUUUCACUUUUAUUAUCUUGAGCAAAAUUCUGGUUUUGAAUGUAUUUGUACUUGUGGCUUCGUAAUUAAGAGCGAUUUUUAAUAUUUUGAUCAGUCUUAUUAUUAAGAUAAUUUGUUAGUUUAAAUAAAAUGCCAUUUCUUAGUCGUAUCAGAUGUUUAUUUCUGGUUGUUGUUUUUACCUGUAUUUUAUUAUUUUAUUAUGUCUUUAAUGGUUCUAAGAUACAUGUUUAUCUGAAAAAUUUUUCAUCAGGAGAUAUUGUAGAUUUUACUUAUGCAGAUAAUGUUACAGGCUUUAAUUAUCCUAUUGUACCAAAUAUUGUCCAUUUUGUACAUUUUGAUAGUAGAGAUUUAACCUUCAUUCAAGUGGUUAGUAUAAAAGCUGUCUUCUUUAACCAUAGACCUGAAAAAAUAUUGAUACACUGUAACUGUUUCUCACUUAAAGGAAAGUACUGGGAUAUGGUAAAAAAUAUUUCAAUUAUUAAUAUUUUGUACAUUGAUAAACCAACACAUAUUUUUGAGAAACCGUUGAGUUCUGUGUUUCACUCAUCAGAUAUAGCAAGGUUAAAAAUAUUAAUGGAAUAUGGAGGAAUAUUUUUAGAUACAGAUACAUAUGUUGUUAAGUCCUUAGAUUAUUUUCGUAAAUUUGAAAUGGCUAUUGGGUGGCCUCCUGGUCAAAAUCUUGGCACCCAGUUAUUAAUUGCCCAUAAAAAUGCUAGAUUUUUGAGAUUAUGGUAUAAUUCUUAUCAUUAUUAUCGAAGGGAACGUUGGUAUUAUAAUGCUGGAGAGUUACCUACUACAUUUAUUUUAGAGAAAAUGCCUUAUUUAGUUCAUAGAGUGUUAUAUGAUUUUGGAGUUCAGAACCUUGUUCAACUGCUAUAUGGGACUAGGAGUGAUGAAUGGAAGAAUUACCAUGGCAUUCAUUUACUGGUGAGACAUAAGAAUUAUCUACUCCCUGGUGACUCUGUUUUGGAAUUUAAUGAAGAAAACAUAAAAUAUUAUAACAAAACAUUUGGAGAUAUGGCUCGAUUAGUACUGUACGGAUCAUAUGAAAUUUUGUAACUGUGUAAUCAGUGCUUUUAUUUAUGAAUGUGCAAGAUCUGAUUGUGUUUUGUACUUUUUUUUUUUUUUUUUUGUUUAAGUAUAAACUAAGCAGUUAAUAUAACCAUCAUGAUUUGGUUUUAUUCCUAUUUACUGUUCAUAUUGUAGGGUUUUUUUUUUUUUUUUUUUUUUUUUUUUUUGUUUAAGUAUAAACUAAGCAGUUAAUAUAACCAUCAUGAUUUGGUUUUAUUCCUAUUUACUGUUCAUAUUGUAGGGUUUUUUUUUUUUUUUUUUUUUAACUGUGUUAGCACUGAACGAGUUAUUAGAGUUCUGUAAAUAUGCAUUGAGUAGUAAUCUGCAUUAUAUACAAUCUUUCAUAAUGUAUCAUGUCAUGCAAAUUUUGUUAAAUUCUGUUAUCCACAUAAAAUUUUGGUGCACAGCAUUAAGUGAUAGAUUGCUAUUAAUUUCACAUUAAGAUAUGAAGAUGUUAUCUGUUUGUUUGUUAAAUAUUUAAAUUUUAUUUUAAAUAUUAAGUGUUUUAUGUUUGUAUAAACCAUAAAAGUAUAUUUUGUAUAAAAAUACACUGUUUUUAUAAAACACAUUUAUAUGAAUGAAUGCAAGAUGUUCAGACUCUCCUUUUGCAUAACUAAAUAGAAUUAGUUAUCAAGUCAGUUAUAUUGCUUAUUAUUAUUAUUUAUGAUUUUUCACAUUGUAGGUUAGCCCAUUUAGUUAAUUAGAUAAUCAACUGUAUAAUUUCAGUACUGAAUAUAUUAUUUGGAAGAUGCCUUAGUUUACUGAUAAAGCAUGUGAGCUUAGUGAAUUAAUUAUGUAUGUUACAUAAACCAUUUUUCAUACAGAUAUGUAAUUUUAAUCUAGAUAUGUGGUCAAUUUUCAUACAGAUUUUGUUUUUCCAUACUGGAAUAAUCUAUAAUUCCAGCUAUGUUUAAAUUGUCUUUUGAGGAAAUAUAUUUACGAGGAGUUAAGUUUGUUUAUUGCAUAAUGGUAGAAACAUUAUUGUCUUAUAUACACAAGAUAAAAGAAAAGUAGAUUAAAAUAUGCUGAAUAAUAGCUGAUGAUGUCAUAAUAUUUGGGAGUUGUUUUUACCCAUAACAAUUCAUAUUCUGGAUUAUGAAACAUUAAAUCAUCAAUUAAAAGUAAACUGCCAAAUCCUGAAACUAAAUUAAGUGCACAGUCAUUAAUCCUCUUUACCCCAUUUAUUUAUUUUUAUUGAAUGUAAUUUUCUAAUUAUUUCCUAUUGAAAUGCAAGAGUAAUAUAAAUGAAAAUAUUAUUCUUUGUACAUUCAUUAAUCUCAUUUUCUUAUUGACUUUGUUGUUGUUAAGUUGUUGUUAAAAUACAAGAGAAAUAUAAAUAAGAACAUUGUUCUUUAUGUUUUGAAAUGUGUUCGUGAUUUAAAUGCUGCACGAGUGUGAAGCACUGACAAAUUUUUCUAGUAGAUUUCAGCGCUAUUGGCAAGCAAGGAGUUUAAUGGCCUAAUGGCCAAUGUAACUGGCAUUUGACAAAUAAAAAUGCUGAUUUAAUUUACUUAACUAAAUGAACUAAUUUUCCAAAUCAAAUUGCUUAAAAAUACAGGUAAGUUGGUACUGUUAAUUACAGUAUGGGUUAUUUCUCUUUCCUGUCUUUUUUUUAAACUGUUGUUGGAUUAACCUAUUAUAGUCAGAUACUUUAAAAUAGGCACUUCAAGGCUGUUGCCAAUCACCCUAUUUGUGAUUGUAAUUCAUGUCAUCAUUGUCACACAACAUUUAUUUCCUCCUCCUUUCAUCUGAGGCUGUAGUUCAAGUUAACCUUCAGUUGCACUCUUUUCAGUGAAACAAGCUAAAAUAAAGUGGGAAAAAAAUUAGUGAAACUUUUUGUUCCUUCACCUGUUGUUCAUGGAAGUAAGAAAGGAAGGAGGGGCCAACCCCACACUACGAAUGUAGGACUGGACCGAGGCUUUGGUCUCCAGAUGGGGUGUUUUUUGUUUACAUUCAAAAGCUUCCUUGACAGCACUUUAUUUUACUUAUUUUGACACAUGACAGUUCUACAAAAAAAAAAAAAAAAAAAAAAAAAAAAAAAA